AUGCCUCCAGUCAAGGCACCGCCAGCUAAGGCCCCAGCGCCUAUGCAGACCGGUCCUGUAGUUAUCCCUCCUCCCGUGCCAGUGAAAGCCCCUCCUGGACCUCCGCCAGCACAAGCUGCCGGCACCCCCAAUGCGCCGGAGCAGACGGCCUCCGCUUUGCGAACCAUGUUUACGCCAAGCACGCAGCCGGAUGUCAAGGCUCCCCCAGUGGCGGCCCCACAGGCGAGCCAUCCCUCGGGUGUGUCAGGCGCCAUUUCCAAAGCGGCAUCGCGGCCCCCACAGACAAUGGAGCAGGCACAAGCCGGCAUGACAGCGACAGCCGCCGCCACUGCGGCACCGGCAGCAGCAGGCGCAGGAAUGAUGGCGUGUCAGCCGGGAAUGGCCGGCAUGCCAAUGGGCAUGGGCAUGGGUUUGGAUAUGAUGGGCAUGAGUGCCAUGGGCAUGCAGGGAAUCUCGGGCCUUUACCGAGUAAAUGCUGUUUUUGGCGGAUACACCUCACUUCUAUGUCCCGCCCCUGCUGC